AUGAUCUGCCCAUUCUCGUCGCUCGAGGUGAGCUUGCGGUACUGGUGGUUCCACGCCACCACCGAGACGUCCGCCUCGUGCCCCUCGAGCGUCUGGUUCAUCGCGAGGCCGCUCUUCUGCCCGUUGCCGUUGUCAAUCUUCAGCACCUUCAGCAACCCGCCCUUGCCGCCGCAGGCGAGCCAACCCUGCUCCUCGUUCCACGCAAUGGACGUGAUGACGGUGCUCGUUGGUAUCGCGACACGCUUGCUGAAGUAA